AUGGAGUUCCAUCUCUGGUUCCCAACAAUUGUAGCAAUUACAUUUACCAUUACUAUAGUAGCUUCCUUGAUCCAUGUCGUCAAGGGGACGUGGGCAAAGAGAGGGAAGAAAAUUGAACCACCUCAAGCAAAGGGUGCAUGGCCCAUAAUCGGACACCUGCAUCUUCUAGGUGGAUCUCACCUACCUCACUUCGUUUUAGGUGAUAUGGCCGAUGAACAUGGCCCUAUCUUCACCAUCAGGCUUGGUAUUCACCAAGCUCUGGUGGUGAGUGACUGGAAGAUGGCCAAGGAUUGUUUUACCACAAACGACAAGGCUUUUGCAAGUCGACCAAAAUCAGAGGCAAUAAAACUCAUGGCCUACAACUAUGCCACGUUCGGGUUCGCUUUGUAUGGGGAUUAUUGGCGACAAGUGCGCAAGAUAAUCAUGCUCGAGGUUCUUUCUCAACAACGAGUUGAGAUGCUUGGACGUAUUCGAGUUUCAGAAGUUAGAACGUCCAUCAAAGACAUAUAUGAUGUUUGGGUCGAGAACAAAGAGAGUGAAAAUGCAGAUGAGGUAAAGGUGGAGAUGAGCCAAUGGUUUGGCAACUUGAUGGUGAACAUUAUGGUUAGGAUUCUUUCAGGAAAGAGGUUUUUGCCAAACGAUGAUGAAGGGGUUCGAUUUCAGUUGGUGGUUAAGAAAUUCUAUGACUUGGUUGGGGCAUUUGUGGUGUCUGAUUUUAUCCCGUAUCUCAAGUGGUUGGAUGUGGGUGGAUACAUCAAAGCUAUGAAGAAGACGGCGAAAGAUUUCGACAACAUCUUUGAUGGAUGGUUAAAGGAGCACAAAAUAGAAAGAGAGUCUGAACAGCAACGUGAAGGCAGCCAAGUUUUCAUGUCUGUGCUUAUUUCCAUUCUUGAAGGUGCUUCUGAAGAGGAUUUCCAUGGUUUUGACCAAGAUACAGUUAUCAAAGCCACAUGUCAACAACUUCUUGUAGCAGGCUUGGACACGACAUCUUUGACUUUGACAUGGGCUCUAUCAUUGCUGCUGAACAACCCAAAGGCAUUGAAGAUUGCCCAUGAUGAAAUUGACGAGCAUGUUGGAAGGGACAGACUAGUGGAGGAGUCAGACCUGAAGAACUUGGUCUACCUUGAUGCCAUCAUCAAAGAAACAUUGCGUCUGUACCCAGCUGGACCUCUCUCGGUUCCCCAUGAGUCCAUGGAGGACUGCGUUGUGGGUGGCUACAACAUCCCAAAAGGCACUCGUCUGUUGGUAAAUCUUUGGAAACUUCAUCGUGAUCCAAACAUCUGGUCAGAUCCCUCGGAAGUCCGACCCGAAAGGUUCUUGGCAAGUCACAAGGAUAUUGAUGUCAAGGGAAAACAUUUUGAAUUGCUUCCGUUUGGUAGUGGUAGAAGAAUGUGCCCUGGCAUUUUCUUUUCACUCCAGGCUUUGCGUUUAACACUAGCUAGUUUGAUACAACAGUUUGUGCUAAAGAGGCCAUCAAAGGAACCCAUUGAUAUGACUGAAACCUCAGGAUUGACCAACAGCAAAGCAACACCGCUUGAGGUCCUUCUGUCCCCUCGUUUAUCAUUUGAUAUGUACUGUGUUGGUUCUUGAUGGAUCAUCUA